UUAUUGGAGGAGUCGGGUACGAAACUGUCCUUUCGCGUUUCCUGUCGGGGGACAGUUAACAGUCUUGAGCUCGCGCGACACCUGAAACCGUUAAAACACCGUACAGAAGGAAAAAAAAAAGGUGGGAUACUGCCGUUAACAUGUCUGGAAACAAAGACAGCGACGGCGGGUGGAAGACAUUUCUGUGGAAUUCAGAGAAAAAGGAGUUUUUGGGACGGACGGGCAGCAGUUGGUUUAAAAUCUUCCUCUUCUACGUGAUUUUCUACGGAUGCUUGGCUGGGAUUUUCAUCGGGACCAUUCAGGCGUUGCUGCUCACGUUAAGUAGCUACAAACCCACCUAUCAGGACAGAGUCGCCCCUCCAGGUCUAUCACACACCCCCCGCUCGGACAAAUCUGAAAUUGCUUACACUAUUUCCGAUGAGAAAACAUACACGAAGUACAUCGAUGCCAUGGACACUUUCCUCUGGAAAUACGACGAUAAGAAUCAGACCGAGCAGAAGAAUUUCGAAGACUGUGGAAGGACUCCUCAGUCAUACAAGGACCGCGGCAGCGUGGAGAGCGACACAGAACCGAGGAAAGCCUGCAAUUUCAGCAGGUCUUUACUCGGCGACUGCUCAGGCUUAGAUGACAAAUUUUAUGGCUUUAAGGAGGGGAAGCCGUGCAUCAUCGUCAAGCUCAACAGGAUCGUCAACUUCAGACCAAAGAUUCCCUCCAGCAAUCAAUCGCUCCCAGAAGGUCUGCAGGGCAAAAUGCAGCCCAACGUGAUCCCUAUUUUCUGCAAAAACAAGCGAGAGGAGGAUGAAGGCAAGAUCGGGGAGAUCAAGUACUUCAGCCUGGGCGGAGGCUUCCCCUUACAGUACUACCCGUACUACGGCAAACUGCUGCACCCCCAGUACGUGCAGCCUCUGGUGGCCAUCCAGUUCACCAACAUCACCCUCGGCCAGGAGGUCCGCAUCGAGUGCAAAGCUUACGGCGCAAACAUCGACUACAGCGAGAAAGACCGUUAUCAGGGACGCUUUGACGUUAAGUUCAAAAUCGACUCGUGACCUCAGCCAUGACGAGCACUCUCAUUUUGAAACAACUAAAAAUGUAGAGAAUAAAAGAGUUCAGAUAAAACACCACUAGUCUUUGAACAUUCAUAAUAUACAGGACCUACACUUAAUCUGUGUGCUUUACACUAGCUUUUUCCGUGUGUUUGUCGAGGGUUAGAAUGUAAAAUACAAGAGUAGCAAUAGCAAAUAUUUAUUCUACUGUACAUGAAAAUAUUCCUUGAGCCAUGGGAUGUGUUCAUCUAUUACUGUAAAACCGCGAUUCCACUACUGACGUGUAGCGAGCUGUGUUUCUGUCCCCAAAGUGUCAUCCUAACGUGGUUUCUAUAUAUUUUUGGAGUGUCCAGUGCUGUAGUCGAGUCCUGUUGUAAUCUCUCCCGUCUUAUGUCAGCUUUAGUGGUCCAAGGUGUGUGUGCGUGUGCUGGUGUCCGUGUGCAGGCGUGUUACUCUAUGUGAGUGUGUGGGGUGUGUGUCAAUGUGCUCUGACUAACUGAAAUACUAGCAUGGUACUCUGAACCUUUAAGGCCCCGUGUUUGAGUUCAUGACUGCGCUCCAUGGAAUCUAAUUUUUAUUUUUUAGUGUGGGUUUCUUCAUCCGAGUUCAAGUUGACUGUGGAAGGAUACAUUUGUACGCCUUUUCUUUGUUGUUCACCUUUAGCUGUAGGAUAUGGUUUGAUGACAUUUCUGUUUGAUACUCUUACAUCUGUUCAUUCUUAAUUCAUAGUGUAGAGCUUUGUGGGUCCAGCCUAGAAGACUGUCACCUCCAUGGAAACAGUGGCAACUCAGUGCUUGAAAUCUGUUUUGCUGGAGCCAUCACGUGACGUGAUGCAACUUACUAUUGAAUGUUUUAGCCAUUUUCAUGGUGGAAGAAUUUUAUAUUUAUGCAGUUGUACAUUUUUUUCAAAGUGUAAUGUAUGAAUCCAAUACCAAAGUCGCUGGUCAAAAAAGUUAGAGAAUAUCAGAGGCAAUGCAGUAUCCCGUGUAAUAAGAUGUUUAGUCGGUGUGAAAUACUUAAUUCAAUGUUGAAGAUCAAAAACACUUGUCAGGAGUCUGCUCUUGUCACUUUAUUUAAUCUGCAUAAGGCUGAAACAAUAAAACAGAAAAAAAUGA